GAUUGUUGAAGCAAAGAUUUUGUCAAUUUGGACAGCAGGAUUCUCUAUAAUUGUAAGUGCUAUAUUAGAAUCCAAAAUGUCCACUAUACCGUGGGAAGACAACGAAAAACGAAACUAUAUUUUCAUGGAUGAUAUUUUUACGAAUGUUGUAAGUGAAGAAUUAAGGAAAAUUUUUGUUCGGGAAUGGAACAAUCGUUACCAGUCAAAGUUGGGAGCAUGGGACAACACCAACAUAAGUGGCAGUCAGUUGUUUAAUCUGGAGAAAUCACGAGCAAGGCCAAAUAAGAACACAUUCCAAUCUAAAUUUCACGACGGAGAUACAAACGACUGGGAUUGUUCUGUCCUCUUCGACGCAAUUCUUUUCUCCAACUCGAUUGGUAAAAAAAGUCUUAAUCCAACUGUCAAAACUGAGGUAGACAAUCUCAGAGCAUUAAGAAAUGAAAUUAAGCACAUAUCUGAAGGUAAACUCGCUGAUGCGGAUUUUAAAACCAUGAUAACUCGGGUGGAAAAUGCUUUUCAAUCUUUAGGACUUACAAUAAGAAAAAUUAUUCAAAUGAAAACGAAUAGAAGCAGUUUUAAAUCGUUUCAAGUUCUUCCUCUUAACCCGGAUCAUGAGGUCGUUCUACGUUCUGAAAAGGUACAUGAGGUGAUAGAGGUUCUCGGAAGGUUACGCUGUGAUAACGGAGAUAAACUUACCUAUUUCUAUAUCAGUGGGAAUCCCGGAAGUGGAAAAUCUCAACUAGCUAGGCAAGUCUGUGAAAAUAUUUGGAACGGUAUUAAUUGGCAAGCUGAAUCGGUGUUUGUAAUGACAUUAGACGGAAGAGACGUUGACUCUCUUUUCUACUCUUAUGAAGAUUUCUGUCGUCGGUUAAAUUGCAACGAAAGUGUAUUAGAAGGAAUAUUAAGAACUGGAAGAAGUGGUGGAUUGUAA